AUUGAGCUCGACGUGAUCGGAAUCGACGAGUCUCACGUAAAGUAAAUAUCACAUCGUGAUCGAAUAGAGGCACAAAACACGAAUUUGCGCUGCCGCAAAUUUCAGAAAGUUCCGAAUGAUAAAUCCGACAUCGGACGACUAUCGUUUCACCUGGGAAGAUCGAACCCAUUAUUGCGAGGGCGAGAUACCGAAAUUUCAUUGUGUACUUCCGGAAGGAAUCGCCGAGCGAGGGAAGCAAAUCGAUUUCGCGUUUACGUUCCUCGCGGAGGACAUCGGCACUUUCGAGUCCUUCUGGUUGUUCUGCGUCGAAAAAUACAAUUUGGAGUGUCUCUUUCUAUUCGUCGCGACGGUCAGAGAACCGUCGGUUUGCUGUCCACUUGUCUAUCUAAAAAUGAGGCCAACCGUAAUAGGCAUCAAUGUGCGAGAAUCAGUAAGCAUAAUCAAUAACGAGGAAUUUCAGAUUCCCUUUCAAAUCACGCGGGAUUCUUUAUAUUCCGAAGGACGCUUUCAAAAUUUAAAAAUAACGCCCAUGAGUGGCGUUUUGCCCGCGAAAGGAGAACAGAUAUUUUGGAUCGAGUAUCAGCCUACACUCGUUGGCGAAUUUCAAUUUUUUGUAAAGUGCGUUGUAAAACGAAUAAAGGCACCAUUGAUUAUAUUUGUUACGACGACGGCGUACGAAAUUAUCGUUUCGAUUACAUACGUCGAUCAAAAUGGCCAGAUAGUGCGACUAAAUCAGGAUAAGGAGAAUAUCAUCGACUGUGGGAAACUGAUGUUAAGAGUGCCCAUUACUAUCACGUUUGAAAUAACCAACUCGAGCAAAAUGACGCUUUAUUAUUCUUGGGAUCUCGGUAUGACGUCGGAAAUAAUCAGCAGAAACUUGUACUCGAUCGCGAUGCCUCAAAAGCAGGAUCACGUGCUCAGCGAAUCGCGUUCGACCUGUUGUCUCAUUGUCACAGGAUUACAAAAGACGGUGAUAAAGAAUCAUCCGAUUGUCUUAAAGAUAUCCAGAGGGCCGACCUACCGACUAAUCUUAAAAGCGACAGCGAAUAAACCGAAUAUAGAGUUUAGUUUUAAUUAUUACGAUUUUGGGCCAUGCUACAUUCGAGACGCUCCGUAUCACGUCGAUUUACGCAUCACGAAUUCAGACGACGUUCCGUACAUAUUGGAGUACAAAUUCGAGGAGAAACCACACAUCUCUGUGAAUCUGGACGCUCUUUCGGAGACAAUAGUCGCUCGAUCAAGUAUUAUCAUUCCGAUAACAUUCCGACCAUUGGAACAGGUGCACUAUCACGAUGAUCUGCAUUUUAUAAUCAAUUCGGCAAUCGAAAAGAAGAUUACUAUAACUGGCGAAGGAAUUACGUACAAGAUUCGUUUGGUAAAUCCGCGCGACAAAUCCGUGGAUCUUGGUAAUCUACCGAUUAACAAAAUGAUAAGCAGAAAAGUGCCAGUGAUCAACGACGGGCGCGCCGCGCUCGAAUUAAAGUUCGAUCUCAUGAAACAUCUACCUGGAUACGAUCCAUUUCGCGAGCGAAUUCAAAUCUGUCCGGGGAAGUUCGACCAGGAGAACUCCAAAAUGGAUCGCACACGAGCAUCGGUCUCCGAGACGAAGCGUUCCCAUACGCUCGACGUGACUCUUCAGACGAUCGAACCCGAUCUGUCCCAAGUUCUGAAGAUCGAGCCGGCAGAAUCGAUCGUACUUCAGCCAGGGAAGACAGCGAAUGUUGUUGUAAAAUACAAAUCUAUGCGCAGGAUGCGUCCCUUCGUCGCUAAGGUGGCUUUCCAAACCAAUUCCACGAUCCAGCCGUUGUUUAUCCUACGUGGAAGCUGCAUAGGCGCGGAAUUCCGUCUGAACAGGACCUAUGUGCCUUUCGGCAUAGUUGUUCAAGGUUGCCUCAGCGAAGCAAAGAUAGCGCUAUUGAAUACGGGAGAUAUUGGCGCCAGAUUCAAAUGGAACACAGCAAAAUUGCCUGAAGAUUUCAACAUCGUUCCUGCGGCUGGCUAUUGCUCUCCUGGCAUGGACGUCAACUUCAUUGUCAGUUUCCGACCCACUCGGCACGACAGUUUGAUCGAGAGAGAUGCAACGCUUGAAAUUGAAAAAUAUGGUGAUCUCGGUGUAAGAAUUUCCGGAGCCAGCUGCAAGCUACCCGACCCGGUUGACACUCUGUUCUUUUCGUGUCGCGUUCGCGAGAAAAUAAUGAGGUCUCUAAACGUCGAAAACGACACCGCGACUCCUUGGAAAUUGAAACCGGAGGUCACCGGCGACUGUUUCUUCGUCGACGACAUCUUGCAUGUUCCUUCGAAAAAAUCUGCCACCUACACGGUCACCUACGCCCCUCUGGUCAUGAAUAGCGAGAGCAAUCCUCACGAAGGCACGUUGCUUCUGAAGCUGCCGGAUGACAAAGCACCUUUGGUGUACUGUCUUCGCGGACUGAGUCUACCUCCGCAGGUUCUCCAACGGAUUACACGUCAAUUCCCGGCAAAGACAAGGUACACGGAAUUAUUACCCGUCUACAAUUGGCUCAGCAGGCAGCAACGAUUCGAAUGCAAAAUUGAGAAUAUCAACGACAAAGGACCUGUCGAGAGUAUCAAAACGUUCACUUUUGUCGGCAACAGCAAGCUAGACGUGCCGGCGAACGGCCAGCGAGAUUAUCGCGCAGAGUUUCACUCCUACAAGGAAUCGAAAUAUAACUUUAAGGUAACAUUCACUAACGAAGAGGGCGAAUAUCAAUUUUACGAACUCCAAUAUGAUAUUACAAAACCACAAGAGAUCGAAUCGAUUAAGCUGAUCACCGCGGUGCGAUCUCCGGCGUGCCAUGCUUUGAGGCUCGAUAAUCCAUUUAAGCAGCACGUAACGUAUACGGCAAAAUGUCAGCAUCCCUGCAUCACGAUCCAUGAUGUACCGAAGCUCGUGGCACCCUCAAGCAGCGAAAUCGUCGGUAUCGAGUAUCAUCCUUUGCAUCCCGCCGAGGAAACCGCGAUAGCCUUGGACGUCAGCUGCGAGGAGCUCGGACUCUUUCCCUAUGAGCUGCGAUUACGAGCGAUACCAGCGUCCGCGGAGAGGACGACGCGGGUCGCCGCGGUGCUCGGUGGUUCUGCCGCCUUUUCCCUGACCGUAAGCAAUGACGCCGAGAAGACUGCGGUGUUCGCCAUCAAGGUGAAUAAUGAAUGCUUCACGACGCCGAAGGAGAUCGAGUUGCCGGCGUUGAAGAGCGCGUCAUUCGACGUGACUUACGAGCCCAGCGACGUCGACAACGUUUCCGCUACUUUGACAGCCACAUCCGAGAUCGCCGGCGAAUUUGUAUUUCCUCUCAUUGGUACGUAUUCGUUACCGAAACCUCAAGGUCCAUAUACGGUUGCUGCCAACGCACCGGCUUCUAUACCAUUCAAGAAUAUAUUCAGAGAAAUCAAGUCUUUCGAGCUUGUCUUGGACAAUCCCGAGGCUUUUGUAAUUACGACGUUGUUGGAUAAAAUUAAACAAAAACAGGUGGUCCCUAUUGUCAUUCGUCUAAAAGAGAACGGAAAAGGAGAGGACGGCAAUUAUCCAGUAACCGGGAAACUUCUGGUAUACUGCACAGACCCCAAGGUUUCCCACGUCAAUUGGAUUUAUUAUUUAAGAGGCGUACGCGCGCAUAAAUAA